AUGGAAUUGCUCCUCCACCUCAGUCUCCUGGAGUUCCACCUGGUUCUCAGUGUGGUUGGAGCAGACAUCAAGAGGUUCUCAGUGUGGUUGGAGCAGACAUUAAGAGUCCUCAGUGUGGUUGGAGCAGACAUCAAGAGUCCUCAGUGUGGUUGGAGCAGACAUCAAGAGGUUCUCAGUGUGGUUGGAGCAGACAUCAAGAGGUUAUCAGUGUGGUUGGAGCAGACAUCAAGAGGUUCUCAGUGUGGUUGGAGCAGACAUCAAGAGUCCUCAGUGUGGUUGGAGCAGACAUCAAGAGGUUCUCAGUGUGGUUGGAGCAGACAUCAAGAGUCCUCAGUGUGGUUGGAGCAGACAUCAAGAGUCCUCAGUGUGGUUGGAGCAGACAUCAAUAGGUUCUCAGUGUGGUUGGAGCAGACAUCAAGAGGUUCUCAGUGUGGUUGGAGCAGACAUCAAGAGGUUCUCAGUGUGGUUGGAGCAGACAUCAAGAGGUUCUCAGUGUGGUUGGAGCAGACAUCAAGAGUCCUCAGUGUGGUUGGAGCAGACAUCAAGAGGUUCUCAGUGUGGUUGGAGCAGACAUCAAGAGGUUCUCAGUGUGGUUGGAGCAGACAUCAAGAGGUUCUCAGUGUGGUUGGAGCAGACAUCAAGAGGUUCUCAGUGUGGUUGGAGCAGACAUCAAGAGUCCUCAGUGUGGUUGGAGCAGACAUCAAGAGGUUCUCAGUGUGGUUGGAGCAGACAUCAAGAGGUUCUCAGUGUGGUUGGAGCAGACAUCAAGAGGUUCUCAGUGUGGUUGGAGCAGAUAUCAAGAGGUUCUCAUUGUGGUUGGAGCAGACAUCAAUAGGUUAUCAGUGUGGUUGGAGCAGACAUCAAGAGGUUCUCAGUGUGGUUGGAGCAGACAUCAAGAGGUUCUCAUUGUGGUUGGAGCAGACAUCAAGAGUCCUCAGUGUGGUUGGAGCAGACAUCAAGAGUCCUCAGUGUGGUUGGAGCAGACAUCAAUAGGUUAUCAGUGUGGUUGGAGCAGACAUCAAGAGGUUCUCAGUGUGGUUGGAGCAGACAUCAAGAGUCCUCAGUGUGGUUGGAGCAGACAUCAAGAGGUUCUCAGUGUGGUUGGAGCAGACAUCAAGAGGUUCUCAGUGUGGUUGGAGCAGACAUCAAGAGUCCUCAGUGUGGUUGGAGCAGACAUCAAGAGGUUCUCAGUGUGGUUGGAGCAGACAUCAAUAGGUUCUCAGUGUGGUUGGAGCAGACAUCAAGAGUCCUCAGUGUGGUUGGAGCAGACAUCAAGAGUCCUCAGUGUGGUUGGAGCAGACAUCAAGAGGUUCUCAGUGUGGUUGGAGCAGACAUCAAGAGGUUCUCAGUGUGGUUGGAGCAGACAUCAAGAGUCCUCAGUGUGGUUGGAGCAGACAUCAAUAGGUUCUCAGUGUGGUUGGAGCAGACAUCAAGAGUCCUCAGCUCCAGGGCUUGGGCUGGAACCAGUGAGUUUAACCAUUGAUUGAUUGGAGUAACAAAUGACAAAAUAUUGGCUCAAAAGAAGAUGCCACAGGCCGCUCAGUGUUUGGUAUGUGUUUUUUUGGGGUGUUUUUGUGUUUUUGGCAAGUCUGUAACCCUAAUGUCACAAUGCAUACUACCUAAUUAGGCCAGUUAGGAAAUGUAAGAAUGACUACAUUACCCAUAAUGCUCUGUAUAUCGGCUUCCAUAGAACUAUGUGACAUCAUGAAAAUCCAUCAUAAGUCUUUUGGUACAAACCUCACAAUGACCAAGGGAACUAUGGCUCUGCAAAACAGGUGUUGGAGGUAAUGACCAAGGAAGGGAACUAUAAUGAAUCAAAUAAGCACUAGGCCUAAAACCUAGGCAACAAACAUGAGUGGGUAGGUUUGUCAGCCUACACUGGACAAAUAACCUAUAUCAUUACUCUGUGUGAAUUCUGUCUCUCUUUGAUUCUUUGUCUGCGUUUCUCUGAGCACGUGUCUCUCACUCUCUUUCUUAGAUGUCCCUGUCUACAGAGCAGAAGAAGCCCAUAUGUAACAAUGUUUACCUAAUUCACUGUACCUACUACCUAUGUAACUAAUCAUUCUCUGGGUGGACAGCAUCUGACCAAAUUACACAAUAUUUUAGUUCUGGGUUAACCAAGAUUACUAUGUAACUACACAUGCAUUGGGUACUUAUUGUAAAGUGUGGGCUUUAAUAAAGAGAGGAACAAGG